AACUCAAACCGGAAGUUCAGUUGUUGUUUAACCUGCGGCUAAGCUAACUCCACCUGGCUGCUUGCUCCAGAUGUUUUUGUGGUCCAAUACAGCGUGUGUCACCGGUAAUAAGUCUCUGUAAGAAGACGGUGGACGAAGAGCGAAGUUUGAAGAAUUUUUAUUGCUUCCUGGACAAAAUGCAACAGUUUGUUCUUCGGCUGUCUUGCGGGACCCAUAGAUGCAGCUGCUGACGGAAUAACAGAAGAGCCGCCUUCUGACCCGCCUCAGGUCCGUCUGGAAGCGCUGCUGUCAGUGGCUCUGCGGCAGUGACACGGUUUCUCGUCUGGGCUUUUCAGCUGUAUGUACCUCAUCUCGCUAAAGGCCCGAGAGCCGCGGCUCUAGCUUGUCUCCUCUUCCUGUGUUUAGGAAGGGCCGUGAACCCUCAGCUGAGUGUGGUUCAUAAUAUCUGUGAUCUAAAGCAUCAGAGCUCAUAUUUCAGAUGAGACUCAGACUCCAGCAUGCUCGUUCAACUCUCACACCAAACACCAAAGACUUGUUGAUCUCAUGAACUGUUACAGAUGAUGCCUUCCUGGGGGGAUGUAAUGGACAAAUCGAGCCGAGUGUGUCGACCCCAGCGGAUUAGCGAAUCGUCUAAGGUUUUCCGCUGCGUGGAUCAUGCUGCUGAACUGCUGCAGGGCCUCAACGAGCAGCGGCAGCACGGCCAGUUCUGCGAUGUGGUCCUCGUGGCUGAAGACGAGCGCGUCCCCGCUCACCGAGCCCUGCUGGCGGUCUCCAGCCCGUAUUUCAAUGCUAUGUUUACUUUGGGCAUGAAGGAGGAGCACCAGCAGGAGGUGGAGCUGGUCGGGAUGUCCUUCGUGGGUCUGAAGGCGGUGGUGGACUUCCUGUACAGCGGCGAGCUGCCACUGGACGGAGGAAACAUUGACUAUGUGCUGGAAGCUGCUCACCUCCUGCAGGUAUGGCGAGCGGUGGAUUUCUGCUGCCAGUUCCUGGAGACAGAGGUGAGCGAGGACAACUACCUGUACCUGCAGCAGCUGGCGCUGCUCUACAGCCUGGAGCGACUCAGCGCCUUCGUCGACCGCUUCAUCCUCAAACAUUUCUCCAUGCUCUCUUUCACCCCGGACUUCCUGCGCGACAUUCCUUUCCACAAACUCAACUCCUACCUCUCCAGUGGCCAGGUUCAGCACGACAGCGAGCAGGCGCUUCUCCAGGCCUCGCUGCAGUGGCUCAGCCAGACGCCCGAGCGGACCUCCCACGCCAGGCAGCUCCUCUCCCACAUUCGGUUCCCUCUGAUCCCGGUGGCAGACCUCAUAAGCAGGGUGCUUCCAGAUGUGCGAGCUCUGCUGCCCGAGGAGGCCGGCUGUGAGGCCCUGGUGGAGGAGGCGCUGGCAUACCACGCCAGGACCAGCGCUCAACCACUCCUGCAAACUGGACGCACCACAGUGAGGGGGGGAGUGGAGAGACUGCUGCUCAUUGGAGGAGAGGUUUCCGAGCGUGGGGAGGAGCUUAGCGCUAGUGUUUCCUGUCUGGACGCUGAAACAGGGAGCUGGAAGGUGGAGACUGAGCUGCCGGCCCAGCGGAGCCACCACUGCCUGGCGGUCCUGGGAGGUUUCAUCUUCACCGCCGGCGGGAGCUCGUCCAGGGACAACGGUGGAGACGCUGCCUGUAACCUUCUGUACAGAUAUGACCCCCGCCACAACCAGUGGACCAGGGGUGCCCCGAUGAACCAGCGGCGAGUGGACUUCUACCUGGGGACCGUGGGAGAGUACCUGAUCGCUGUGGGAGGGAGGAAUGAUACCGGAGCUUUGUCGUCAGUGGAGGUCUACUGCCCUGCUGAGGACUGCUGGUCCUACGUGGCAGGACUGCCCAGGCUUACUUACGGUCACGCUGGUACAGUCCACCGUGGCGUCGUCUACAUCUCGGGCGGUCACAACUAUCAGAUCGGCCCAUACCGCCGGGACGUCCUGAGCUACAAUCCGUUGCGGGACGGCGAUGUGUGGGUGGAACGCCAACCCAUGUCUCUGGCCCGGGGCUGGCACUGCAUGGCCUCCCUCGACAACCUAAUCUAUGCCAUCGGAGGCAGCGACGACCACGAGGACACCUCGGAACGCUUCGACAUCCUGCAGGUGGAGUCCUACGACCCACGCGGCGACCAGUGGACCAAGAUUGCGCCGCUGCUGCUGCCCAACAGCGAGGCGGGGCUCGCUGUGUGGGCAGGUAGGAUCUAUGUUCUCGGGGGCUUCAGCUGGGAGAGCAUGGCGUUCUCCAGAGCCACACAGGUAUACGACCUAGACAAGGGGGCGUGGUCCAGAGGGCCCGACCUGCCCAAAUGUAUAGCAGGGGCUUCGGCAUGCGUGUGCACCGUGAAGCCUCCGCCGCUGUCAGCCUCGCCACAGAAGCUCAGAAACCAGAUGGAGGAGCCAUUAUUCUGUACUACGACUGACACGGUGACCAGCGGAUCUGCGACUCUCCAGUCUGUUUACAGUGCAGGCAGGCCACAGAGUCAAGCUCAGCCACAAUCCCAGCAGAUCAGCUACUCUCAGUGGCAGCCAACACCUCCUCAUGGCGCAGCUGACGCUUUUAUUCACAUGUAAUAGAUCUCUGAGUAUGGAUGCCGCUUUGCAACCCUCCUCCUUUUCUUGCUGCAUCUGACUUAAUCAGUGUUGUAUCUGUCGCUGCCACUGACUGUCUCAUAACUGCAUAGCUGUUUGGUGCUCUGUAGUUUCACUGAAAUGUGGACUGUAAAUAAUGCGAGUGCAGCGUGUGGAACAAGACGUCAGUCGUCUGCUAAUGAGCCUGAUUUGUUGACAUUUAAGCUGUCGACUACUAAAACUGAUGAAACUGUGCACGGUUAAGUUUCUCUAGAAGUUGCGUAUUUGGGAAGAAUCACAGAUUUGAUAUUCCUCUAAAUACAGGAAACAGAACAAGCUGCAUU